CAUCAGCACUACCAGCACUAGCAGUAUGGACCCACUGGGUUACUGGCUGCUGCUGGUGGCGUUUGCCCGUCUCUCCUCGGUAUACUUUGGCUAUUUCAACCUCUGGGCGCUGCAAGUCGCUGUCUACUCCAAACGCACCAUGUCUGAUGUUCACGGUCGCACCUUUGCCGUCUGGACAGCUGUCACCUGCACGCUCUGCAUCCUCUGUGCUCUGCACCUGGACAGCCGCCCGCUCUACCUCGCCACGCUCGCCUCCUUCCUCUUCGCCCUCCUGCACUUUCUGCUCGAGCUGCUCGUCUACAAGACCAUGACCCUCAAGAACUUUGCUGCUCCGUGCUUCUUCGCUUGUAAGUGUUCUUUGACCAUCCUCUGUGUUCUGCACCUGGCCUACUCUCUGUACCUCACCACCACGCUCGCAUUCUUCCUCUUCGCCCUCCUGCACUUUCUGUUCGAGCUGCUUGUCUACAACACCAUGAUGGAAUUGGGCAGAUUCAGCAGUGAAGAGGAUGUUUGA